GCGAGCAGCACAGAGCAGCGCGAUCAGUGCAGAUCUCACUAUCGGACUGUUGCAUGAUGCUUUUUCACUCGGACUUUCCUCAUUCUCAGAGCACGGAUUAACGGACAUUUAGAGUUUUUUCCCGAGGACCUGGAUUUAAAAUAAGCAAAACCUUUGGAUUACUUUGCGCAAGAGGCAUUUUGUUGGCGACUAUUUGAUAUAGAUGAACAGUGAAAAGGGACAAACGGAAUAAGUGGCAUGGCUUUUGGCUUUUAACUGUGAUUGUGCCAAAAAAAGUCGUGGGGUCAGCGCGCGCACCUGCAUCAGUCUCUUCUGCUCGAGCUGGAUUUUAUUCUACAGCAUGAAGCGCACAUUCCAUUCACUUCCGCUCUGUAUCUUCACAUUUCUGCUCCUGUCAAAGGAGUGCACCGGAAUCAAAUGGCUGUCACUAUCGCAGUCCACACAACACUUCAACAAGACUCAGCACUGCAAGACGUUACCAGGUCUCGUCUCGUCUCAGGCCCAGCUCUGUAGGAGCAACCUGGAACUCAUGCAAACCAUCAUCCAAGCUGCACGGGAGGUGAAAAAGGUCUGCCAAAAAACCUUCACAGACAUGCGCUGGAACUGUUCCUCUAUUGAUGCUCCAAAAUACCUCCCAGACCUGGAACGAGGAACGAGAGAAUCUGCCUUCGUGUACGCGCUCUCUGCAGCAGCUAUAAGUCACACUAUAGCACGCGCGUGCACAUCUGGAGACCUGAGGUUGUGCUCAUGCGGUCCGAUUCCGGGGGAAAUACCCGAGCCUGGGUACAGGUGGGGUGGCUGUGCUGAUAACCUGCAUUACGGUCUUCUCAUGGGCUCCAAGUUUUCAGAUGCCCCCAUGAAAAUGAAGAAGAAAUCUGGCUCGAACGCCAACAAGCUGAUGCAUCUCCACAACAGCGAAGUUGGCAGACAGGCUUUGCGAGAUUCCUUGGUGAUGAAGUGCAAAUGUCAUGGUGUUUCUGGUUCCUGCUCUAUUCGGACCUGUUGGAGAGGCCUACAGGACCUCAAGGAUAUCGCUAUGGAUUUGAAGACCAAGUACUUGUCAGCCACUAAGGUGGUCCAUCGGCCCAUGGGCACACGCAAACAACUCGUCCCCAAAGACAUCGAUAUCCGGCCGGUUCGAGAGAACGAGCUCGUGUAUCUGCAGAGUUCACCGGACUUCUGCAUGAAAAAUGACAAGUUGGGAUCUUUUGGUACUCAGGACAGGCAGUGCAAUAAGACGUCCAGCGGCAGUGACAGCUGUGAUCUGAUGUGCUGUGGCAGAGGCUACAACCCUUACUCAGAGAGGCUGGUGGAACGGUGCCACUGCAAAUAUCACUGGUGCUGCUACGUUACGUGCAAGAAGUGCGAGAGGAAUGUGGAGAGAUACGUGUGCAAAUGAUUGUCCGUUUCAUCCCUGCAGUCAACACCGGAAACCAUGCCAAUCCUUGUCACGUCACCUUGUGCCUAUUCUCAGCAAACUAAUCUAAAGCAGAUCUGGAAGACUCUAUUAUAACGGGACUCGAUUAAAUUCUCAUUUAACAAAGCUGCUCUCAAACAACCUUCUUUGGCCAAAGAUAACCAGAGCACUAUGAUACCAACAAGGCUUACUUCUGUUUUAUGCUUUUCCAGCUUGUAUACUUUUGAAAAGAAAUGAUUUAUUUUUGGCUUUAUGAACAUUUAUAGAGAAGCAACAAGAGUUGGAAUAUUUUUAACUGCACACGGUUUUGUCGAGCUAAAUGGCCAGCUAUUGGUUUUCCCGAAAGUUACCGUCCUCAGGAGAAAAUGUUCUUCCCUUUUUACAUUUAUCUGGAUCUUAAAAAGUCUAUUUUGCUACACAGUACCUGGGUCUCUUUUUAAAGGUACAUAUUUUUACCAGAAAUUUACUUUCAUUUACUCUUUCAGACCCGUGCUUUGGAAUAGGUCAAAUGUUCCAAAGGAUUCCACAUUCCGAGUUCGAAGGGAUUCAGGCCUCAGACGGUACUCCACUUUCACCAGUUAAGACUAUUAAAUAGACUGAAAGCACAAUGAAAGUGUUGAACAUGAAAGGGAACUUCAAAUACAUCUAAAGGAUGAGGAACUGUUCAAUGGCUUCCAUCUGCUGGGUCUGAUGCUUCAGUUCAGCUGUUAGAGGACAAAUACCUGCAUUUAUUCCACAUAUAUAAGCACGAACAAUGGACUUUAAGUGUUGUGCCUUAUAACAUUUUACUCGACGUAAAAAAUGCAGGCGUUCGAAACCUCUGAGCAUUUGAGUAUAUGGGUCGCCCUUCAUAAACCACUUAUCUGUGGAUGUACAUACUGUCAUUUUUGUAUGCUGAAUUAAAAAAGGAAUAUUUAUAAACUAAUUAAAAGUCUUUACCAUUAAAAUCUGCAAGGCU